AUGUCCUCCUGGUACUCCAACCUCAUCACCAAGACCUCGUCCCAAAUCUCCAGCUUCCGCGCCAACAUCUCCUCCUCCGAGAACGACGGCGACACCGAGGACGACACCCACGUCUGCCGCGUCCUCCGCAGCUACUACACCGAGAAGGGGCGGCCCUUCCCCGGCUGGCUGCCCCUCGACCCCAAGGCACCCCUCCAGGCGGCCCCCAUCCAGCCCCUCCUCGCCCACGGCUCCAGCCAGCAGCAGCAGGGGAACCGACCCCUCCCCGGCGGAGGAGGAGGCGGGCAGCCCGGCCUGAGUUCGCUGUGGGAUAACGGCGCUUCCCAGCAGCAGCAGGCACCCGCGCCGCCUGCGAGUCUGCGUGUCGGUAGGCAGCCGCCAGGAGGGGGAGCAGCAGUAGGCGGGCUUCACCGUGGCGGCGCGGGGAGGCCUGGGGGUGCCGAUACCAGGGCUGGGAGCUACUCGGGGCAGGGACCGCCGCCGGCUGCGGGAGGCGCCUCUGCGCAGGAUAGGCUGCGGCAGCGGCUGUGGGGGAACGGGGGGUCGAGGACUGUGAGUCCUGGCAGCACCGGACAGGCGUUCUCGCCGCCUGGGCAGGGCAACAACCCGUACCGAAGGUGA